GGAAAACAUGAAUUACUGAGGCAAAGAAAUUUGUUAUUGCAUUACUUUCCAUGAAUUAUUUCAGAAAAAUAUCUUAAAGUUCAGUUCAAAGAGUUCAAACUUGAAUCAGUUACUGUAUUUUAAAUACUACUGAUGUGGUUAUGUUUUAAACAUUACUCCCUAAAUGGCAAGCCACUAAAUUCGAAGUUCACAUCAGAGCUGGACCAUUAAUUGUUGGCCCAAUUAGUCAGACCCAAUUAUCCAAAGUCCAACAACAUUCAGCCCAAUUCUCCCCGGCGCCCCGGUUAGCAGAUUGAGGGAGGUUGUCGCUUGCUUGUCCGAGAUCAACAUGGCCUUUCAUGGACUUCGCACUCCAUUCUUCCUUAACUAUCAAUUCCCAUUUUCCACUAAAUUCAUUUUAAAUCUGGCUUAAUUGAAGCUUAAAGCAGAUUAAUUGUCCCAAAAAUGAUGUCUCCGAAGCCACUUUCUGAAAAUCGAGGUUCAUCUCACUCUACUACCAUCAGGCAAACCCCCUUGCAGAUAAUCCAUGUUGUUGGGAACUUUAUGAGAAUAUGGUCAGUUUACUCCAUGUACCGUUAUUUGUCUCAGACAGGGGCUUCAGUUGUUCUUUUCAUGUUCUUCUGUCUUCUUCCAUCAUGCAUUUGGUUUCUAGUAGCACAAAAGCCUUGGAAGGGAAGGGCACUUUCUAAUACACAGGUGGUACCUUCGGUUGUAAAUGGUGGUAUAACAGCUCUUUACUUCAUCUUGUGGGGAAAGGGCCUUAAAUCUUGUGGUCCUGUUCGGGCCAUAUUGGGUGAGUAUUCUGGUGCUGUUCUAGGAGUAUUAUCUGGGGUGCUGUAUGGAAGGGGGGGCCGUGUUUGGAAAAAGGUUGGUGGACUCCUUGCAAUGCUUGCAUCUUUCUACUUUUUAUCACAAGGAUGGGCGAUGGCUACAUAUUCUCCAUUUCCAUUUAGCAAUGCCUCUGAUGAUGAAGCACCUACUGAACAGCUAGUUGGAAUGAAGGAAAUGCUUGUUCCUAUUCUUGCUGGAAUCUUGUCAGCACUUCGGAGGGUGAUUGCAAGACGGGUCUCACUUAAGAACCAACUGAAGAGGCGACUCCAUGCCAUAACCCUUACAUCUGCGACAUGCUUUUUGUUUCCUGUUGCCAUGUGGGACAUGAUUAUAGGAUCUAACAAUGUAGGGCUGCCUUUUUCUGCAUGGGCUUUUUCAAGCACCAUCUUAUUUGGGAUGAUAUUGAUAUUUUACAUUGAUAGCAUCGCAGAGGAGAGGUUGCAUAUGGUUUUCUCUUCUCCAAGGCACUUAAUGGUUGCAGGAGGAUGCAUCAUUGUCAUGGAGAUAGUAUAUAAAAUGGACUUCUCGUUAAUCGGCUUUCUUGUUUGUGCCGCCAUCUUGGGAAUUGGCAUAUAUGAAGCCACAUCCUUGGAUCGUUCUAGGAGAGAUUCUUUCCAACGCUCAGGCUCCAAUGGUAUCUUGGACGAUCAAAUGGAAAUGUCUCCACUUCCCACUUGAUGUGCAAUAGCAAUCAUAUUUUUGACUCAGUUAUAGUGACAAGUGAUGCAAAUGAGGAGAAACGUGUUUUGUGGUAUGCUCCUUAUCGUGUCGUGGUAAUUGGCCUGAAACAAUUUAUGAUACUUUCCAUGUUAAGCAAACAUCGAGUGGCUGGAAGUGUGGAAAGCACCCCAGGAAUCUAUAUAACAAGCAGAAUUGUCCUGUGCCUAUUUCGGUUGAUGGUUGCCAGGUUCCAUCUACAUUGAAUUUGUGUUAUGAUUUGAUUUGUAUGACCAACAGGGUUAGCUUAGCAAAAUAUUUGUACAAACAGGAUAUGAUUCUUCCCAUAUUUUUUGGAUUUCUUCUUUCCUUCUC